UCUGUGGUAGAUUUUGCAAAUGUUUCACAAUGGCGUGACGUUAGUGGCGCGUUUAGCCUUAGAUUAAUUUAUUUUGAAGUAAUAAACAGUGACUUGUCCUGAUCAAUUAGAACUAUGUUGUAGUGCUUGUUGUGUUUUUUAAACAAUUGGAUUGUUUUUCGCAUUGAACCGAUGGAAAAAAUGAAUCGGUAAUGGAAUCCCUUGAAGAAUCUAAUUGUCACUCACUGAGCGAUAGUUUUUCUUUGUAUGAGCGGUAUUUGAGAAGUUUUAAUGUUGUGGAUAAUUUCGUUGAAGAAAACAACGUACUAGAGCAGACGAAUCGCCCGUCAUCCAUGAACGGUGAUUACGAGAGUUCAAACAGUAGAGGUAACAUUGAUUUGUCAGCUGUUGGCCAAACAAACAUAUUAGAUAAGCGGUCCGAGUCCGCCGAACUCGAGUAUAACUUGCUGAAUUCAGCUCCAAGUGACAACAUAGACAAGGACCUAUACUUGGACGUGGACAACUGCACCAAACUCGGCUCAUCGUGUACUUCUCAGGGACCGUCGUUGCUGGAUAAUUCGUCCACCACAGCUGAUCAUUGUACCCUUAACGACAAAUUUGAGGCUAUUGACGCGCCAGUUCUGUCAGAAGACUCCAAGUCUGAGCUUUCCAAGCAACCAAUUUUCAUAACCUCAACAAUGGAGAACAGUAACAAUGCUGUCGACAGUGUGCCUAUGUUUCGUGACGUGAGACAUUCCGAGAGCGUAUUUAAGUUGCCCAUCAGUGAACUUUCUUUUAAUGGUACAUUAAAACACGUUCAGAAACUUAAGCCCAUAGUGGACCCUCUCACAGCCUUAAGCUGCAAUAGUGGAUUGGUUAACUUAGAUGAAAGGUCUGAAGACCAUAAUUCAGAAAGUGUUACGAGUAGAACCGAUGAUGUGGCCUCUAGUUCCUAUAGACUGAGUAGUGUAUCUGAUGAUCAAAGUUCUUGUGAGAAGAAUUGUGCAGACAGAGUCACUGAGAGUACAGGGGACUCCCAGUAUGAAGAGUUUAAUGGUAAGAAGAUGUGUGCAGUCCAAAAUGAUGAUGGGAGCAGUAAAUGGAAUUCGGAACAAAGUUACUCCUCCCUCGAGGCAUCCUUCGACAGUGGGGUGAGGUCUCCAGACAUGUUCUCUGAAGAAGAGGAAGACAUUCCAGCUCCUGCUCCUGAACCAUUUUGGGGUUUUCUCAGUGACUGCGAAGCUUAUGAUAAAAAGAGGGUCAGGAAAUGUGAGCGCAUUCUACAAGGAGUAUUGCCACCACCAUCAGUAACAGUUCUAAAGACAGAUGUCGCUACAAUGCUCAAAAAAUACUACUGUUUCCUGCCUGCAUUCACUGGAGAAGAUAAGCUCAACACUUCUGAGGCCAACUCAACCCCUACCAAAAGAGUUUCAUUUGUUCAUAUCCCUACUGAACAUGGGGUCAAUGAACCUGUCCAAGAAACAACACAAGAUACCAUGAGGCUUACAACUCAACCUGGAAAGUCUCAAAGCUUACCAGCCAAAGAAUGUUCAAAGUCAGAGCCAGAAUUAGACACAAGUGUCAGUGAUAAGACAAUAGAUCUAAAGAUGAGCACUGAGAUUGAGGCUAAAGAGACUCCCUGGCCUGAGGUCUUAAAGUGCAGGCAUUAUGAUGUAUACUACAAUCUAACCAAAUAUUCUGAGAAGUUUGAAGCUCUGGCUCUGCGGUACGGUGAGAGAUUCGUUGGUGCAGAGACAGACACAAGUGUUAGCGUUCACUCUGGAGGAAUGCAGUCACCCAGCAGUGCUAGUAAACGAAAAGCUUUAAGGCUCGCUCAGGCCAAGUCUCCAGGUCGGCGGUUGUCCCACUUGGCGCGCCGGCGGCAGAUGUUUUGCAGCGCCGCCACUAUCAACGAAAAGGCGCAGGCUUCAGCCUCAAAAAUGGUGCUCAUUGAUAAGAAUUUCUUCCCGCACAGAAAGCUGGUUAAUACAGCUGAGAGGUGGAGUCCAAGAAAGAGGCGCACGCCAGGCAAAAAGACCCCCGUUCGCAAGACACCAGGCAAGAAGACUCCGGCUAAAACUCCCAAAACACACAGCGGGAGCUCCAGCCGCAAGAAAUCAAUAAGGAGACUUCUCAUGGAUACAGACACCAUGACACGGUCACAACCAACCCGGGAAACCUUGAAAAGGGCACUGUUCGUCAGUCCUGAGAAUAAGAGAGGUGUACCCCAAGUUUCAUGUUCCUCCGUGCCCGCACAAGCGAUGAAAUCGAAAAGAGCUUUAUUUGGGUCUCCGGUAAUGGCUGAAACUAAGAGCGCAGAUGGAUCUCAAAGCGACCAGUUCCUAAAAAGAAAGCGCGACGCAUUAGAAGAUGUGCCAGAUACCAGCCGUAGUAAGAUAGCUAAAAGUUUGUCUUUUGGUGGAGAUUCCAUGGGAAAUUCACAAUCCCACUCCUUCAACCGGCGAGCAUCGGAAAGUUUUGUUAACAGAAAAAAUAUGGCAGAAUUGAAUGACUGUCACAAACAGAAACUCCUGUGGGCGGUGUCUCAGGCGCUCCGCGUGCACGGCUGGGCGAUGUCGUCGCCGGGCUUCCGUGAGAAGGCGUCCGCAUUAGCGCGACUUACACGCAAACUACUCACGCUGCCGCCGCAUGCGGCACGCUACAACACUCCUAACCUGUCCACCUCGGACACCUUGCUCAAAUUGGCCCGCCUAUACGUAUACCCGAUCAUUCAAGGUCGCACCGUCGAGGAUUGCUUCGAAGAGGAGCAAACGAAAUUAGCUAACGAAACGAACAACAAAGUGACUGGUUACAUAUCGGCCAGCGCCUAUCAGCAAAUGAAGGCGAGACAAGCCGCCACCUCGAGCACUUUCACGUCCAAGAUUAAAGAAAACACGUACAGUAACGGUUCAGUGAAACAGGAACUUUCUAGAAGUGGCUCGAAAAAUAUUCUACAAGAUAAGUUAGUGAAUAUCGACACCAGCUCCAGUAGCAGCAGCGGUCUCAGCAUGCUCGACAAAGGCAGUCUGGGAAUGUUCAAGUCCAACUCCAUGCCUUCGUUCGAAGAAGCAGCUAAAAUGAGAGCUCGGAGACAAAUAAGCUUUGACAAUGUUGACUUCCCUAAAAGGUGAUGUGCUUGUGGUUGAAUCUCACUCAAUUUGUAAGUUUUUUGUCUUCAUUAAGGUGACAGUACUUCUAAUUUAAGCUAGUUAAGAUUUAACAUUAGUAGUUUAAUUACAAAAAGCUCUGUGUAAAUGCAAUAAUUUAUAAUAUUAAUCUAAGCGAAAAUGUUUACAUUGAAUUGAUUUACGUAGAGGUUAUUCCUUUAAAUACUUUUUUUAUUUGCACUGACUAUUCGUAUAUUAUUAUAGCCAAUAACUUCUUAUGAUACCCUGGGAAUGUUAUUACAGUCAACUGACGAGGGUCAAAGGAUCUUCCUACAUUGUUUUGUCUUAUAGUUUUAUUUUGUUGUGCAUGACUUACUUAGCAAAUAGUAGCUCAUAAUGUAAA